GACACUCGGCCCUCCUUGGAAUGAGUUUGACACCUGUGGUCGAUACUGGGAUUGGGCCAUAAUGUCUGUUGAAUUAGCGAACACUAGGGGUUGUAGUGUACUCGCAAAUACCCUCCUGUCUCUCAGGGCGCAAGUGAGUGAAAGGCUCGCAGUGAGAUGAUAGUCACUGGUUGAAAGCGAACAGCUGUCUUCCCGUGGCACUGUGCAUCGAUGUCGACCGGCAGAUAGAACAGGUAAAGAAGUUAUAGGGGCCAAUAAUAGGGGAUUGAAUCAACCCAAUCAUUUGUUCACAGCGAUCGAUCAAGUCCCGCCAAGGGGAUAAUCGUCCUCCGGAUUUUGGAAGAUACAUCAACGGAAAUCCAUCGCAACAGUUCUGUCAUCUGAGGAUAGAGCAAGAGGUAUGCAGGUAAAUUCUGUGAAAUUCCAUCCAUUCUUUCCUUGACUCAUUUGGAGGUCAAGCUUCCAUUUCUGAAGAGGGGAAAAGGGCAAUGAACAUUGAAGAAAGAAAGCUGAAACUCGACAACUGCCUCAGCCCCCUGUGACACACAGAACGUUUCUGGCUGGAGCUGAAGCUACGAUGGGUGUGUGAGGGGUCUCCUGAGUAGAAGCACAGGGGCAGAAGCAUAAAGGCUGAGAGAGGGAGGAUUUCCCUCUUGUAUUACCUGGCUGACCAGUGAGGUCUCCUAGUAUUGAGGAGUUUCUAUUCCCAUUGACUGAAUUUCAGACAGCGAACCUGAUGAGAGGAUGCAGCAGGAAGCAGAUGAGAGACUGAGCCCCACCUGAGCCGUGACCCCUCACCUCCCACCUGAGCCCCCCACCCAGCUGUCCCAUCAUGCACCUGCCAUUUCGAGGUCGUCUGAAGCUGCUGGUGGCAUCUCUGACCGCCGUCAUCCUGCUUACCUGGCUCUACCUGCUGGCUGGGAACCUGGAGAAUGGGCGUUCUCUCCUCCUGUCCCCCUGUCUGUCGGAGACCCCCGAGGCACGGGUUCUAGACCGGGCGGUUCUAGAGUCGCGGGUGCGUGAGAUGGAGGAGGAGAACCGGCAGAUCCGCCUGCAGCUCAGCCAAUUGCAGGGCACGGCAGGCCAGCCCGCCGACGGUGGUAACUACGGCAACGCGGCGUGGGGGGCGUCAGCUGACACUGGGCCCGAGGACGUGGAGAACACGGCAGAGGAGAGAGCCAAUCACACCGAGUGUCCCCGUUCGCCCACCGUACUGAAGUGUGAGCUGAUUCAUGUAGCGUGCGUGUGUGCCGGUCACAACGCCAGCAGAGAUGUGGUCACCCUGGUCAAGUCCAUCCUGUUCCACAGGAGAAACCCUCUCCAUUUCCACUUCAUCACAGAUGCAGUAGCCAAUCAGAUCCUGAGUUCUCUGUUCCAGUCCUGGAUGGUUCCAUCUGUACAAGUUAGCUUCUACGACGCAGACGAACUCAAGUCGGAGGUGUCAUGGAUACCUAACAAGCACUACUCAGGUAUCUACGGUCUGAUGAAGCUGACCCUAACCAAAGCGCUGCCCUCUGACCUCACAAAGGUCAUUGUCCUGGAUACGGACAUCACCUUCGCAACCGACAUCGCUGAGCUCUGGGCCAUCUUCAGGAAGUUCACUGACAAGCAGGUGAUAGGUCUGGUGGAGAACCAGAGUGACUGGUACCUGGGGAACCUGUGGAAGAACCACAAACCCUGGCCCGCCCUGGGACGAGGCUUCAACACUGGGGUUAUCCUGCUCUACCUGGAGAGGCUGCGACGGAUUGGCUGGGAGCAGAUGUGGAGGCUGACUGCCGAGAGAGAGCUAAUGAGCAUGCUCAGUACCUCGCUGGCUGACCAGGACAUCUUUAAUGCGUUCAUUAAGCAGAACCCAGUCCUAGUGCAUCAGCUGCCCUGCUUCUGGAAUGUUCAGCUGUCUGACCACACACGCUCCGAACAGUGCUACACAGAGGUGUCUGACCUCAAGGUGAUCCACUGGAACUCUCCUAAGAAACUUCGUGUGAAGAACAAGCAUGUGGAGUUCUUCCGGAACCUCUACUUAACCUUCCUUGAGUACGAUGGGAACCUACUGAGACGAGAGCUGUUUGGCUGCCCCAGUCAGGCCACCUCAGAGAGUGUACGGUUACAAGAAGCUCUGGAGGAGCUGGAUGAAGACGACCAGUGUUAUGACUUCCGGCGGGAGCGAAUCACAAUGCACCGCGUUCACCUUUACUUUCUGCAGUACGAGUACACGCCCACCGGGGACGACACGGACAUCACGCUGGUCGCACAGCUCUCCAUGGACAGGUUACAGAUGCUGGAGGCCAUAUGUAAGCACUGGGAAGGCCCUAUCAGCCUGGCCCUGUACAUGUCAGACGCUGAGGCCCAACAGUUCCUGCGUUACGCCCAGGCCUCCGAGGUGCUGAAGAACCGUAAGAACGUGGGCUACCAUAUCGUUUACAAGGAGGGCCAGUUCUACCCCGUCAACCUGGUGAGAAAUGUGGCACUGAGGAACGCCAACACACCCUAUGUGUUCCUGGCAGACGUGGACUUCCUGCCCAUGUACGGCCUCUAUGAUUACCUCAGAAAGGCAGUGGUCCAGUUAGACAUGGCCCACACUAAGAAGGCUCUGGUGGUACCGGCCUUUGAGACGCUGCGCUACCGCCUCUCCUUUCCCAAAUCCAAAGCUGAGCUGCUGUCCAUGCUGGACAUGGGGACCCUCUACACCUUCAGGUAUCACGUCUGGACCAAGGGCCAUGCUCCUACCAACUACGCCAAGUGGCGGACAGCCACCACGCCCUAUAAGGUGGAGUGGGAGGCGGACUUUGAGCCCUACGUGGUGGUGAGGCGGGACUGUCCUGAGUACGACCAGCGCUUCGUGGGCUUUGGCUGGAACAAGGUCUCCCAUAUCAUGGAGCUGGAUGCACAGGAGUACGACCUGAUGGUUCUGCCCAACGCGUUCAUGAUCCACAUGCCACACGCACCCAGUUUCGACAUCUCCAAGUUCCGCUCCAGCCCGAGCUACCGCUACUGCCUGCAGACCCUGAAAGAAGAGUUCCACCAAGACCUGUCCCGGAAGUACGGCGCAGCUGCCCUCAAGUACCUUACUGCUCAGAGGAACAUCUAAACCAGGACUCCCAAGGGCCACUGGGUUCCAUACCUAGGGCCCCAACGGCCCCACUGGCCCCCAUGCUGCUCCCUGGCAAGGCUAAAGGGGUUCGGGAAUAUUGGCAACUAUCAGCCAAUAUCACUACUAAGCUUGGAUAUCAAGAUGGAGCUUUAAAGUCUUGUAGAACAUUCUGGAGAUGUGUUAGCUAAACUUUCUGGGGUGGUUUGGGCUGGGAUGACCCACCCAACUAUGCUGUAAUGGAUUAUGACCCAAACUGGAAUAAAAACAAAGAACCAAACAGAACAGACAUGACAGUUGUCACAAGAUGUUGGGCUCACUGGGAAGAAGUUCCUCUGAGAGGGAUGAGUGGUUGACUGCUUUAAGCCUGAGAGUAAGUGACAAUUAUCAUGAUUUGUUCUGACGAUCAGGGCGUUUUCUGAGGAAAAUACAUUUCAAACCAAUCCGAUUGGUUUGAAAUGUAUUUUCCUCAGAAAAGGCCCUGAUCGUCAGAACAAAUCAUGAUAAUUGUCACUCAAGGACAGGAAAUUUGGAAAAUACAGAACUGAAAGAAAGCGAAGUUGAAUCUUCCCUGGUCUCUUCAAGGGGACGAAUCGGAAUCACGUUCGGAGUGACCAAUCGAACUGGAGAAAUAUUUAAGCCUUAUCAUUUUCCAUUAUAUUUAACAAGAUAUUUAAUGAUAUCUGUUUUUUCUCUCUAUGUAAAUGAUUAUCAAUUAAUAACAAACAAAUAUGGCAUAUAUAUGUUUUGAUUAUGAUGUUGCAUAAUAAUUACAUUAUUUUUCCUAUCUCUAUUUUUGGGCCCCCUGAAAGGAAAGAGUAUGUCCUUGUUUGAAAGCUUCUGAAGGAUUGUGCGUGGGGAAUAGCCAGGCAUCACGGUCAAACUGGACGUUGGGUGUGUGUGUGUGUGUGUGUGUGUGUGUGUGUGUGUCACUCACUGACUAAACAAGCUGCUCACUAACUCACCAUGCUUCGUCAUACUACAUGCUUACCACUCAAUGUCCUAUCAUUUUCUCUUUCCUCUACAUCAUACUAAUAACCUGCAUUUAUCAUCCUGCAUCUAAAGAAUUCCACUACAUGCUUUUUUCUAAUCAUUAGGGAGUAAAGAUUAAUAUAUGUAUUAAUAGUAAGAUUGUUGUUUUUCCUCCUGCAUAUAUUUAUCCCCUUUAAGCCAAAUAUGGGCCUAAAUUCAGCCAAAAAUACAAGUCACUACUGAUUGGGACCCCCCCAAUGGCUGCAGAUAAAUGGCCUAGUGUAUUUGAAUUGUUAAAAAUCACUACUGAACUUCCAUGAGCGAUUGGAACAUUAACAGUGCCAUGUCUAGAUGAGUGAUACACUGUAUGUUAUGUGUCAUCUACUGUAACAAACCUUGCCGUCCACCAAACAAACAUAUCUCCUUUUACGAUGAACCUUUCCCCUUUCUUUAAAACUUCAUUCCUUUUUCUAUUUACCCAUUCCUUGUUUUUUUCGUACACCAUCUUGAAACCCACUCCUGUUCUCACAAACCAUCCCUUCUUUCUCUAAUCCCAACCCCUUCCUAAAUCUUUAUAUGCUACUAAUACUGUUUUGAACACUACACAUAAUCCACGGGACAACCGGGCAGUAACAAAUCAACCUUUCAACCCCAAUGAAACUACCACUCCAAAUACCAAAUAAUAGGUAUACGCCAACAGUCACAAUAAACGGCACAUGUAUUCAAGCCUAUUUGCUACUGUAAUGACUUUGUAAUGAGUGAAUGGUUACAUAUAAUACCUGUGGGAUGGGCAGAUAACCUGCAUCGCUACUAUGGGUUAGGUACAUACAGAGCUGCCAUUGAAUGGGAUGGAUCCAGACCCCACUGCCCCUGCCACCUUCAAUGCCUCCCACAACCCCUGUCGACUGUGCUGAUUGCGGUAAAUGCUAGUGCCUUUGCUGUAUUGUGAAACUGGAUAUUGAUUGUACUGAGGAUAGUCAGGCACUCUAUUUAUUAUUUUAGACUCAAAUCAAUCAUAUUUUUCUAUGUAGGGGACAAAGUGCUUUAAAUAAAUCUGCCCUUUUUCUACCA